GAAAGGAUGAAGAUGAGUCUAUGGUUGGCAUUAAUACUAAGUCAGUUGAUCGACUUUGGUUCCUCUGAGUUUCCUAAUCUAUUUGUGAAUAUCUCCGACGACGAACCCUGGAUUUCGACAUAUCUGCCAGAGGAUGAUCGAAUUAGGUCGGUGCUCUUUUACACUGAGUACGGAGGGGACAGAUGUCCCAUCUAUGACUAUAUGCUAGACCCGAGCAUCGCAGAUCCGUGGGCCAUUGGGGAAUACAUAACCAAUGAUACCCGUAUCCUUAAAAUCACAGCCGUCAUAGAGACAAAUCAAAACGAAACUAUGAUCGAGAGCUUGAGGAUGAGUUUCUUCGAAGAAAACAAGGUUUUCAUAAAGCAUCUACAUAAUUUCCUCCCUUCAUCCGGGGAAAGUUUAGAUUGCGAGAAUCUACGUAGCUCCACGAAAUACUGCCUGCCCUCGAUUUCCCACCACGGAGGGCAAGCCAUCAACUGCAGUGGUAGGUUAUUGUUCUCCGAGUCCUUUGAAGAUGGUGAGAAUCCUUUGCACAAUUGGAAGCACGUGGUGCAAUCACAGCUCCUGGAACCCCACUAUGAGGGAGUGGCCUUUGUGAAUCGAAAAGCCAACUCGUAUGUGGAAAACAACAUGCUUCACCUAAAGGUAACUAAGUCAAACUACGGGUCCAAAAACCCCUUCUAUCUGGAGAACUGCACCUAUACGAAAAGCGAUUCCAAUCAAAGAUGUGGCGAAAAGAAGUACAGAUUGCCGUUUAGAAAAUUUAUGCCUCCCUUUGAUUCGGCGAAACUGAUUUCCAAUGAGACAUUCAAGUACUGCCGCAUAGACAUCGAAGCCAAGAUGCCCAUCGGAGACUUUCUAUUCCCAGGACUCACGCUGACUUCAGCUCAUCACGACGCCAUUAGAAUCGCCAUUGUCCGUGGAAAUAAGAAGCUAACCGAUUUCGCCAGCAACGAGAUCGGUGGCACAACCCUUUAUGCCGGGGCAAUCCUCAACGAUAAUGGAGGACGCACCUACGAAUUGAAAGACUUCGCCAGCAGGGAGGAUCACUUUGGGAAUGACUUUCACACUUACACGGCCAUUUGGAAGGAGAAGAGCAUCACCUUUAAGAUAGAUGGUCGCACCUUUGCCCAGAUAUCCAACUCAACUGUCGUCCAAGAACUCAGUCGUACAGAGCGCCAUAUUGAGUUGUACCUCACCGUCGGCGGAGAGUACAAUUUUCCGGAUAACCGCGUUCCACCGGAGCAAAAGAGCUAUCGCAAUUUCGAGACGGGUCUAUCAUCGAAAAUAAAGAAGGCCAUAGCCAAUUCACCCCCUUGGGACCAAACUGUGAUGGUCAUAAAGAAGAUAAAUGUUUAUUCUACCGAUGAGUACGAAGAAUGAAUAUAGCUGUGAUUUAUUAGUCUACCUAAUAUCUGAAAAACUAUGAUCUUUUAAAAGUGCUGCACUUCUUAUUUCGUUGAAUAAAAAAACUGUAACUGGACCAAAUAA